ACCCCGUCGUCUCUAGAAGCGACCAGCACAAAUGUAAACAUCCCAGACGAGCCCAAGACACGGAUGGGGAAGGUGCAGUCAUGUUUCUCUUCCAUCGCAACCUCUACUAACUUUUUGCCCUCCGUACUAACACACAAGAUGAUGGACAGCGGGGCAGACUACCUACACCUGGAUGUAAUGGACGGCCAUUUUGUUCCUAACCUCACCUUUGGGCACCCCCUCGUCAAGUGCCUGAGACCAAAAGUGCCCCGCGCAUUCUUCGAUUUACAUAUGAUGGUUGCUGAGCCAGAGAAGUGGGUGACAGACAUGGCGGAUGCAGGGGCGGACCAGUAUACGUUCCACAUAGAGGCCACUGAUGAUCCACUUGCCCUUGCGCGGAAGAUCAGAGAGGCUGGAAUGAAGGCAGGGAUUGGACUGAAACCUGGCACACCGGUGGAGGAGGUGCUACCGGUGGUGGAGGCAGUGGACAUGGUGCUGGUGAUGACGGUGGAACCAGGAUUUGGCGGACAAGCAUUUAUGGCGGACAUGAUGGCGAAAGUGGAGUUCCUGAGGCGGACUUUUCCACAUUUAGACAUUGAGGUGGAUGGUGGAGUAGGGCUGGCCACCAUUGACGCUUGUGCUAAGGCCGGUGCGAACAUGAUAGUGUCUGGCAGUGCUGUGGUGAAGGCUGACGACCCAAGAGCUGUUAUCUCCCAACUACGCAAUUCUGUAGUUAAGGAGCUGUAGAGAGAGAGAGAGAGAGAGAGAGAGAGAGAGAGAGAGCUAUUUUCUCACAAACAUACAUUCCAAGAGAGAGAGAGAGAGAGAGAGAGAGAGAGAGCUAUUUUCUCACAAACAUACAUUCCAAGAGAGAGAGAGAGAGAGAGAGAGAGACACACACACACACACACACACACACACACACACACACACAAUGUUACUAUUACUAUUACUAUCCUGUUAUGCUAUUUUAGAGGGAAUAGUUUGUGAAGGAAGGAUAGUUUAUUAAAAAGAACUAUUUGAACCAUUUUAUGUAUCUUUCUUGCAAUAAUAAUAAUAAUAGGAAUAAAUUAAA